AUGUCUUUUUUUUCUUUAUUCUUACAUGCGAAUUUUCCUCCUUCUUAUUCAUUCAUUUUAGUUUUUCCAUUUUUCUAUUCUUUCUCUUUGUUCAUUCAUUUGAAUUUUUCUUCUAUUUGUUCUUUCAUUCAAUUUUUCAUUUUCCUUCAUUCGUGUUUUUCUUCUCCUUUUCCAUUUGAAUUUUCUUUCUUUUUAUUCUUUCAUUUUAAUUUUCUGUCUUUUAAUUUUUGCUAUGAGUUUUCCACCUUUAUAUUAUUCCAUUUAAAUUUUCUUUCAUUUAACUCAUUCACUCAACUUUUCAUUCUUUUUAUUACGUCAUUAGAAUUUUCUUUCUUUUUAUUUUUUCAUUCGAGGUUUCCAAAUUUGCAUACUUCUUUUUUGUUUUUUCUUUCGAUUAUUCUUUUGUUCACUUCUACCUUUUUUCCUUCUCUAUAUUCUUUCAUUCGAAUUUGUCUUCUUUUUUUUCUUUCGUUUCCUUAUUUUUUUUUUUGUGUUUUUCUUUUUAUUUCACUGGAAUUUUUUUUCGGUUCAUUCUUUCAUUAUAAUUUUCUUUCUUUUAAUUUUUGGUUCGAAUUUUCCAUCUUUUUAUUACUUCAACUGAAUUCUCUUUCAUUUUAUUCUUUUUAUUCUUUCAUUCCCAUUUUCUUUCUUUUUCUUUUUUUAAUUAGAGUCUCUCUAUUUGAAAUCGUUAUUCAUUCGACUCGAUUUUAUUGCUUCUUUUGCUACUUUUCAUUUAACCCUCUCUCUCUCUCUCUCUCUUUCUAUUCUUUCUAUUUAUCUAUCUCAAAAGGUUUUUUUUUUUCGCUUCUGAUUCUCUCUAUAUUCUCUCAUUCUCUUCAAGUUAUUUUCUCAUCAACCAUGCUGAUCAAUCAUCAUCUACUCAAUUUAUUAUUUCCUGGCUAA